GCGUGCAUGAUGGUCCAUGUCCACCGCGAGACUGCUUUUCCUCGAGCAGUCUCGACCCAUCCGCAGAUCAAAUUCUGUACGAGCUUUGCUGGCGUGAUAAGUACGUAGCUGGAUGGCUGCCUUUUGAUUCAAAACAUGCUUUGUCCCGUCGGAAUUGUCUGUCUCUCCCUUCCUUCUCAGCCAGGUUGGCCCCAAACGUGAUUGCCCGCGAAGUCAAUACACGAGGACCCAGAAUGUCUAAAGCCGGAAUACUGCCUGUUCCUGUGGGCGAAAAGCAAGACUUCGAUGGUUUCUCCGAACUUCAGGUCAGAAUUCUGGUCGUUUAUAUUGUGACCUUCGUUUUGGCGACCGUGGGUCUCCUCCUUCGUUUCUACACAGGAGCCUGCCUUAACCAAAGAGGGCUCGGCCUCGAUGCUCUUCUUAUAUUGGCGUCAUGGGCAGUGUAUCUGGCUUCGUUCAUCGGAAUGCUGAACGUCUUUCCGUGUGGUUUCGGGAGACAUCUGUGGAGCGUUACUGAGAAGCAACUGCAAUGUUAUAUGAAAAAACUCCUCUUUCUCGGAGUGACUUACUUCUGGCCUCCAACUCUAGCCAAGCUGUCUUUGAUCGUGCUCUACCACCGUCUCAACCCCAACCUAGGCUUCCGCUUGGCACUCUAUAUUAUCGCCUUCAUUAUCACGACUUACACAGUAGUCUUCACCGCCAUCCUAUCCGGACCAUGUAAUCCACUCGACGUCGGCAGUAGCACCUGUCUAAAUAAUGUAGCCCUGGCGCAGGCCGUGCUCAAUAUUUCCACCGAUGGAGUGCUGGUGCUCAUGCCGGUGAUAAUGCUUUGGGGUCUGAACAUGCCGCGGAAGCAGAAAGUGGCCGUCGCUUGUAUACUUGGUCUUGGUUCAGGAGCAGUCAUAGCCUCCUGCGUCCGCAUCGCCUACGUCCGCGCAAUGAGAAACAACCCAGACGUGCUCUAUACCCAGGGCUCAGCCGCGGUAUGGUCGGCGGUGGAGAUCAACAUCGGCAUCUUGUGCAACUGCCUUGCGAUGCUGAAGCCCUUCGUCAGGCGCCACUUGCCGUGGUUGGUCAGUCUCGUAGGGUCUGACGGGUCUUCAUCUUCCGAGGAAGGGGCAUCGAAGGACAGUGCGGUCCGUUUCGGUAGAUUUAGGAGAAGCAGCAGGAAAAGCGGCGGGGAUGGUGCCGGCGGGGCUGGUGCCUGCACCGCGGGCAACUAUCAGCUGCACAGCUUCGGGAGGGACAAGGAGGCCUGUAAAUUUGGCAAGGCGGACGGGCGGUCGACUACAGUCACUUCUCGAAGCGACACACUGAGAACACCAGAUGACCCCUCGAUUCAGAACGGCGGGAUCUUGGUAACAACGAGUACCACAUGGAAGGCGAGUGACGGUGAUGCUAGUAGUGAAGGAAUUCUGACUGGAAGCGAUGAAGAGAGUGGGAACCAAUACAGAUCUGGGAGAGGACAAAUGGGCAAGGACUCUGAAGUUUGGCACGAGCAGUGAGGCAGGACGAACUAUGCAUUGGUGGCGCAUUGACGAGGUAGUAGUCAGAAGAGAAGGGCUUGUGUCAUUUAUUAGAAGCGAUCAAGCUGCCUUUGCAUCCGACCCAGCGUAGCCCAUCAAGUACUCCGUCCGCAAGCCCAACCGCCAAUGUCAGCAAAGCACCAAUUGUGUAAAGCAUGUAGCCGCUGCAUGAACAGAUCCAUCAGAUACAUUUGCAGUGUAAAUGUUGACACCUGUGUGCCGCCAAACAUCUGCCAAAGUGUUACUCCGGUUUACCACUCUCAAGCAAAUCGAAUGCCUCUCUACUCCAAGGCCCAUCACUCCUAGCAGACUGAAACCCAGGGAAGGUCAUCUUCUUUUUCUGCCGUUUGGGCUUUUCAGGAGCCUGUUCGAUUUGCGUCGCUGCGAGGUCUGCCGUAGAGACUGGAAUCAUCGUGGUAGGCUGCGUAGGCGGCAGCAUGCGUUGCGGAACUGGCCCCGCUGCAUGUGACGCCAGUGCUGCUUUGCGGCCGCGAGACGCUGGGUUUGCAAGGCGCGCAUUGGAAGCCGGCUUUUCAUGCACGUCUGUUGACGAGCUUCCUGUCUUUUGAGCCUGUGGUGUCAAUUUCGCUCCAAUAUUGUUGAUGCUCCGUGGAGUUGAGGCUUGACGACGGAGGUCGAUGGAAUUGGGUGACCGAACAGGGAGAGAAGAUACCUUGUCGGAGUCUGCGUUGCCCAUGAUCUUUUGACAUGUCAUGGGUUCCUGGUCGCCACUGGUCAAAGAAUGCCCAUACAGGGCUAAUUUGGGUUUAUCAACGGCUAAUUGGGCCUUGAAAGUGUCCGCUUUAACAUUUGGAUGGCUCUCGACUGUGUUUGAUGCAUUGGCAGGUUCAAGUAUCGACGAAUGUUGCUGAUUGAUUGGCUUUUCUUGGUUGAGCAACGUCACUGCUUGUGAUUUGGUCGACAUGUUAGCACGCUGAUCCGCUGCGACUGAUUCCGUUGGCUGGCCUUUCGUCACACUUCGAGCCGUCUGAUCGGUGUUUGAUGGCUGCUGACCAUCCGCAUUAUUUUGGUCUCGCAACAAGGGGCCAGUGUUGAUUGCAUGCCCUAUAGUGGUAGUCUGUGCAGGCACAGACGGCUGCUGGGCAUUUGCCACUGUCUUCAAUGGGGUCUCUAGUGUCACUUCGUCCAAAAUUGUGUGAUUUGCGACUGUCGAAGACUGUCUUGAGAGAAUAGAACCGUUUUGUGCAGAUUUCUCCAGGCUUGGAAUGGUCUGCUCAGCGGCCUUGACGGUCGCAAUGUCCUCUGGCAUCAUGGCGUGACAUUGCUGUGCUUCUGGAUUCGGCUUGCCGAGAACAGGUUCCGGAUGUAUUGAACUUUUUAAUGACUGAGCUCGGCCCACGGCUUGCUUGUCUUGACAUUUUGUAGGGCUCUGUGAGUCGGCCACCCGCCCGCCUGGUCUACCAAAAUCGCGGAUCUCAGGCACAUUUAAAUACGCUGGCGCAUCAGGCUCGACCAAUGCGCUGAAAUCAUCCUCACCGAGGGGUUUGCUUCUGUUCGCGUCGGGAUCGGAGGAAUCAAGGGGUACAUAACUCGUUUCGUCUCUUUUCGACGUCUGAGCGUCCCGUUUGUGAGGUGCGGCCGAGAAGUUAGGACAGGAUGGUAGCAUUUGAUCACCACAGCUUUCGACAACCACGGGACUCCUGUUCUCAUCCGCUACAGCACGAGCUGGAGACCGUGUCUGAACGGGCUCAUUCAUAGGCGAAGGCAGAAUACUGAAUGGCAUCCCGAUCCCUCUAAGGCCGAGAGGUGCAUUCAGUGCAGCGAGGUUGAGACCAACAAGCUCUCUGCUCUUGACGUUUUUCUUGAUCUUCUCCAGACGUGGCCGAUCCUCUGAGACUUUGGACGCCUUGGUAUUGCGGCGUUUCUUUGGACUUUCCUCCUCUUCCGAGCCAUCUUGUUCACUUGAUAAAGGCGAGGGCUCAUUUGAUUUGGGUUGAGGUCGCCUUCGUCGCCUUGACUGGUGCCGCACUAAAGGCAGCCCAUCCUCCUCUGACUCUAUGCCAAGAUUCUUUCGGUAACCUUUGACUUUACGCGUAGGUCUGGCUGACCCUUCGUCGCCAGAUGCGACAGUAGGGGGCGGAUCUUUGGCCCAAGUCUUCAUGGAUUUGCUUGACUGAAGCUGUUUGUUGGCAGCCUCGUCACAGACCAAAGAAACAGCAGCGAAUCCAGAAUCAGAACCCAAAUCGGCAUUGCUGGGGAGCGAGGCGGCCGGGUCAAUACAACCAUCAUCUGCAAUGAUUUUCCUCCGGCUCUGCCUUUGUAUCUUGGCCGUGCUCGGGUUUUUAUUGUUGUCGAUCGACCUGGGUACUCCAACUCCAGCGCCGUGGUCAUGAUCGCGUUCAUUCCUCUGUGCACAUGAUGAUGCCCCAGGACUGGACGCCCGCGGAGAAGAUGGGAUCUGAUAGGGGUCGCAUUCCACCCUUGGCAACAAGAAUGAACGCUUUGUGGGCUGGAGGAUAUCAGCAGGCGCACCCCCGCCAUGAUCCACGAAGCACAUUUCAGAACGGAACGCAUUCUGGGAGGUGACCUUCGCUUGCUCGAGUCUCUCUUGCCCCAUUUGUUGGUCAGCGUUCCUUGUCGCUGACUCGGUUCUGUCAUACGUCUGUUCUGAGACUGCCAGUGACUGUGACUGAAAAGGGUCCUCGUCUUCGCCAAGUUCAGUCGAAAUUGUGCGUACCGCAGCUUCCUUCCUGAGCUCGCUUAGCACUCGACCUUUCUCCCACUCCCCAUCGCGGUUCAAAAGCGGGUAUUCCAGGUCACCAUUUUUGUCGUCAUUACUCGACAGGCGGUCAGAAACCAUAGGAUAGGCUCUCGCUAAGUCAUCAACACCGUGGUUGGGGUCAAACUUGCUUGGCAGGCGAGUUGAUAAAGACUGGUGGAAUGGGUCGUCGUCAUCGGAGUCUCUCGGGGAGUGGGUUGAAACCCCAUUGAAAGAUCUGGCUGCAUCUGCAGAGACCUCUCGACGCGUCUUCUUGGGCUUUGAAGCGUCGGACAUCAUCAGAAGACCUCGCUUUUUGCUGGACUUGAUCCUGAGCUCGGUGACUGGUAGGGUUGGGUCCCUCGUCGCGUCAGCGGUGCGGCUAUCGACUCCACGAGCUGUGGUGUCGGUCGGCCCAGAGCUGGCGUUCCUACCGUUGGCCCUGGCUACAGCUUUGUCGGGGCCGUUGUUUCGCUCAUUGCCGCUCGCCUUCUUGGAUUUGCCGUGAUGGCCAGCCUCCGAUAUUUUCUGUCUCGUUGAGCGGGCCUGAUCUUCAGGAGGCCCAUGAGUUUCCCUUCUCCCAACCUCGGAAGUGCUUGGAUUUCCCCCAGGUCUCUGUAAGCGUGCUUGGGUGUUCUGCUCUCUCUCCGGGUGUUGAGUAAGCGGGGGCGCAAUCGGAUCUGGAUCAUCGAUCUCGAUGACAUCUAUGAGUUCUGGAAUGGUUUGUACGGAUUUCGUUGCAGGGUGUUUCUGAGACAGACUUGCAUACGAAUCGGACUUGCCGAUGUCAGCGCUGCCCUUGUCCUUGCCCCUUGCCUGCCUGUUGCCAGCCUUGCAAGCCCUACUCUGAGUGACGAGCGAGUCUGGCACAGAUUUGGUGCUAAACUUGUCAAGUUGAUGACGCGCAAUGAGCCGUGGUGGUGCUGGAUUUCGCGGCAUCUGUGGAGAUUCCCCUGCGUUGCAAUCGACCGUUGUGUUCGAUACCGACUCGUUGUGUAGUUGAGGCGCCAAUGACACAGAGCUCACGGGGGUGUGGCUCAAAGUCAAGGUUUGCCCGAACAGCGACUGUGCGUACCCGCUGUGGUUGAGGCGCCGAGACGAUUGCGGCUGCUCACGCCUCGCUGGCUCUGGCUCCCCUCGACAAUACUGAGCAUCGGCCUCCGGAAGUGGACCUGUUCCUGCUUCAGGCCUCGGCCGACGGAUUUUAGGGGGCGGAUUUGAUGGCGUAGCACUGAGGGUCAGAACUUGUCCAAACAAUGCCGAUGCGUAACCGCUCUUGCUCGGAGGAGGCUCAUCGUACUUUCUCCUCUUGGCAGUCCGUUGAUCCGGGGAUGCAGCAGCUUGCUGCCUCUGCUCAAAUGGCGACUCCUUUGGAACCAAAGCCUUUCCGUGGUGGCCAGUUGGUGUCCCGAUGACAUGGUGGAGAGCUUGAUGUCGCGGCGGCUGAUGACGGUCUGGAGCAACAGCUGCAGGACGAGGCAGAGAGCGAGGAAGCCCGGCACUGGAGGCUCGUGACCGGGCCAGCUGCUGCAUUUGGCGCUGCUGCUUCUCCUGGACUCGCUUAUCGACAAGCUCAGACAGGUCUGUCUCCUUGCGUUCCACGAGGUCUUCGACCUGGACUAUGACGCCGCCGCGAUCAAGUUGGACCUCCUCGCCCUCGCCAAAAUCGUAUUCGCCAUGCCAGUGCAUGUCCCCAACCGAGUUCCCGCGGUCGUCAUAGACCAUGACGCGUGCAUUGAAGGUGUGGUACUUGAGUCGUCCAUCUUGCCAUCUCUUCUGCUUGCGGCGCAGGUCAUGAGUGAAGAGACAGCGGAACUCGAGUACGGUGGCGGUUGACGGCGCUGGGCCAGCCAUGGCGACUGCAAGCAGCCCAGGCAGACUCACUCGAAGGAGAGAUUGAAAUUCCAGGGCACAUCCAGAAAUCUAUAAUCGCCGCACGGGCUCCAUAUCUCAAGUGCUUCCGACGAGCUGGGGGUAUGCCGGGGUCGUGGCCAAAAUGUGGAUGGG